AUUAUGGCACAGUUCGCCAGUUUUACAACAAAAAUUGUUAUACUGUAAAUAAUAGUUUGAAUUUAACAUAUUUUAAUUGUAUUUCAGUGUUCCAGAAAAGUGUGAUCACUGAUCGUAGCUGUCACCUCUCAGCAGGCGGUACGCAAUUUUCUAACACUGCUGCCUGUAACGGCACAACAACAGGAACAACAACAGCGGAAUAACAACAGAAGCAGCAGACAAAUUGCAAGUUGCACGUUUUUUUUUCUAAUCAGUCAAACAUGAUAAUCCCGGCCAGAACCUAACCCAGCUCUCGUGCAGUAAGGCUUCUGUCAAACCGAUCGAGUGUGUCCUGGCUAGAAGUACUAAAUUCCCCAAGUUUUGUGGCGACAAAUGUGUCAAGUGUGUAGGCGCACAGUAAUAGCGAAGGAGCAUUAACAAAGUCGCCGCACUUUUGAGUAGGGUGUUAUGCAAGCGGGCGGCCGACGGACAAAUUGAAUUAGCCGGCAUGCUGUUCAAUCGAUUUGUUCUGGCCAUCAAGAACCAGUCCCGGGAAACUCUGCGCGCCUGGAGCUACCAAUGCGAGUCAAUCUUCGCCCAGCGCUCGCGCCGUAUUCAGCAAUUGUUCAGUUUCUAUCAGUCGGUGUAUGGAACCCAGGGUUUGAAGCAGCUAUGGCGCGCCUACUACCGCCGGGAGCUGCAGCCCCCACUCCGGGGAAUGGUGAUGAGUGCAGUGGGUCUCGUCGGGCUUAAUAUCAAGCGCCUGGGUAGCGAUGGCUUUGAUUGGAACAAGGAGCGCUUGGCCUUAUCCAAUUUUGAUCUGUGCCGCAGGGAUAUUGAGUUCAUCAACGCUCUGCCCAACAAUCAGCUGUGUGACCGCUGUCAGGCCAAGAAGAUGAAAUACUGCUUUUGUCAGCUGGGCAACCAGCGCUGCAGAAAAGGCCAAUCCAAGCCGUCCACCAGCAAAGAGGCGGAGACGGAUGCGGAAUCCAGCAUCAGCAAUUGUCUGCGACCUUUGGAUCUGGACGUGCGCAAUGCACCGGCCGGAACGGUACGCAUUCAGGCCCAGGACGACCACAAAUGGGAGCCGUACUUUAGCAAAAACGAGUUUAGCAUUUGGCGGCGGCAGGAGCGGUCCUCCUUAUACUCAUACAAGGUUUAUGCUCGAUUCGACGACAUAACAGCCGACGAUUUUCUCCACGUUCAAACGGAUUUGGACUAUCGCCGCCAGUGGGACGACACGGCCCUGAGACUUGAACUCAUCAGCGAGGAUCCCGUCCAGGGCAGCAAUUCGCAUCUGAUAUACUGGGAGAUGCAGUGGCCACGACUGUUCGCCAAUCGCGACUAUGUCUAUUGUCGCCGCUACAUUAAGGAUGACAACAAGAAGCUGAUAUUUAUUUGCAACCGUGGAGCCACGCACAACAGCUAUCCGGCGUUGUCUGGAAAAGUUCGCGUCACUGACUAUUGGAGUCUGAUGGUCAUCAAGCCCUUUCGCAGUUUUCAUGAGCCAGGCCUCCACUUUGUCCUAACGUACUUUGACGAUCCGGGCAUACCCAUACCGCAGAAUAUUAAGUCCUGGGUUACUCAGAAACAAAUGCCCGAGUUCCUCACCAAGAUGUAUGUGGCCACCAAAAACUAUGCCUGCUCACGGGCCAUUAAGAUGAAGGACAUGUUUCACGGAUUCGCGCUUAUCAAUGACGAAUAUACGGCUAAUGAGCAACGCGGCAGUUGGCUGGGCAGUUUAAGCCGGCGCAAGGUUGAUAGUAAACCCGAAGCCGGUCGCUAAGUCAUUUACCAUUAUAUACCUGGCUGCUCCCGCUCCCAUGAGACCUUCCUGCCCAAUACAGCCACGUAUCCAACUAUGCAAUCGCCCAGUUCCAUCUUAUGUUCAUCCCUUCCUUCGGCUUUAAAAUCAAUUCAGGCGAGAUAAAUCUAAACCAUUGAACAUCAGAGCAAAUGUGCAAUAGCUGGAAGUUUUGCUCUUAAUGUGAGUGCCACUUUGAUAAGAAAUUUUGAAAUAAAUAUAUAUCUACAUUAGCUAUAUAGCCAAAACAAACUAUUUUAAGUUUAGAAAUUGUUUUAAACGCAAAUAGAAAUUAUUGAAAUUAAUUGUACAAUAAAAGAAAUGGAAAUAGACCCACAGACUGAAGUCUACUAAAAAGAAAUGUCUUGCAUAA